AUACUGAAGACUGAAAGAUCGGAUUUUCCCUUUUUUCUUUCCUCGGAUCACUGCGAAGUGUUUUAGCGCUACGCUGAACUCAAUGUUUUCUCUCGGUCUUGGACAGCGGCACUUUUUUUUUUCUCGCGCUGCGAUGUGCCACGGACCAUUCCUGCUCCCCGUUGGCUGGGGCGUUCGUUCUCUGGUGUCUGGUGUUAUGCUCACACUGCUAGAUUCUAGUCUCUUUUGGAUGUCUUUCUAUAUCAUCACUGAGGUUUUUUUCUCUCUAAUAAACAAACAUUUAAUGGACUCUUUCAGUCACCAUAGCAACGGACUCGAGGGAUUGAGUAUAUUAAAGUAAAAGGUAUAGCAAAGACAAAAAACAAGAACAAAUGCCAACUACGAGUUCGAAGCAAAGUACGAUUGAAUCGAAAAGCCGGCUGCCAGAUUUCAAGUUUUACAAGCCCAGUUAGAACAAUCUAGAAUUAAAAGCUUGUUGACUUGCCUGUUUGAAUUAGAGAGCAGCAGAUCCUGACUGAUUGAGCACACGUAAAUAAGAAAUACACGUGAACGUCUGGCCGCUAGCCAACACCUGGAAGACAAUGAAUGCUCCUGUCAGGAGGAAGAACCAAACAUACGAUCACAAGGAAUGGAUAUUAUACACAUUUAUAGCAGACGUAUAGUGGACUGGACGGAGUAGCCUCUACAUAACGAAAUCACUCAUACAAUUUUGUUGAGCUGAAAAGUCAAUGAAGAAAAUGUAUUAUGAAGUCAAUGAGUGACUCAACAGAAUGGUGAUGAAGAGCCAAACAUAAUUCUGGGCAAGGCAACAUUUCUACACAGCGACCAUUCUCACCAUUUAGUUAAAUGUCAUUAACUUUGGCAUCCCGUCGGUAUGUUCGUAUCACACGCCAAAAUCAGGAUCGUCGGGCUUGGUGGCAAAUCCAGAAAGAGGCGACCACACCGAAGACGAUUGGCUAUCAAAGAGGUUCUACGAAUGCCCUGUCUGGUGCCAACAUCGGUCACUGUCUUCCUGGGUCUCAUAGCAGUAGCGGGUGGGGCAGGAAUGUCAGUCAUCGGGUACGUGCCAGAAAACUUGGAAAAGAACCUGACAGUCGGCUCCAACAAGUCUUGGUUCUAUCUUGAUCUAUCUAGUGACACCAACUACUACGCUUUAAAAACCUGCUCUUAUGUCGGGCCGAUCAUCAUGGCCAUUGGACUUUUCAGCAUGAUCGUUGCCUGUGUGUUCUACUGCGAAAUUUUGGACAAAUAUGCCAUCCUAGUGCCAGACAGAAGGUCUGCUGUCUACGACAAGGAAGAACUAUACGAGGUGAUUGUUGGCGAAAUGAAGAAGAGCUACGCCCAGACUUUAAUUACGGCUUAUACUAAAGCUGCUGAAAGAAGUUUGCUGGCAGAUAACCAAAGCACCAGCAGCGAGUACCAGCCUGAACCAACGUACACGACAAAAACCAAAGAGCCUUUGACGUUAGAACAACAGAUUGAUAUUGAAUGCGAGGGUUACACUCCAUCGCCUCCCAUUCCUCAUAAGCGGUACAGCGUCAUCCAAGCAAGAAUUCAAAGGCUAAGAAGCGAGGACAACUGGUUGAAAACAUCGUCUCUACCCAACAUUCGAAGGACUGCCAGCAUUAAACGUGCUGGAAGAAUUGGGGGAAAGAUUAAAGAUUCCAGAACGCUUAGUUACGAUUACACAAUGGACGAGGCGAGACUGAGACGCAAGUCAAUGAUGUUACGAUCACUCGUACAAUGGAAUUCGGAAUCUUCCGAAAUGUUGGCCAACAAACAAAGGCGGUUCUCUUCCGUCAAGGCUCUUCCAUCUCAACGAAGAGGUAGUUGGGACGUUGUUUCUCAUGCGGGGUAUGGCUCGUUUCCGUUGACUCGUCUUAUUCAACGCAGGGGGACAUUUGCUUGCGGAGACAUGAAAACGCGAAGAAUGAAGUUCCUUCUGUUGUUGGAGGCAUCUGAAAGUCAAGACGCACUGCCGGAUUCGGCCUCGGUAGACGGACGAGCCACUGUAGCUGGCAUUCGGAGAAAUUCGUUCAUCCCAUAUACAACUUGUGAUAAAUUUAUUGCAGACGAGGCCAAAAGAACUAUGAAAGACAGCCGACGACCUUCAGUCAAUCCCUUUUCAUUUAACAAUAGAUUCACAACAUCCGGUCCACAGCCUGGUGCACGUCGGCAUUCCUUUUUCCCUAUCCGAAGAGAUGAUAAGAUUUUUGUCAGCGAUGUUAACGAACACAGACGACAUUCGUUUAAUCCCACUUGUGUAAACAACACAUUGAAACCGGAAUAUGCAGCUAAUGCAGAUGGUCGCAGGGCUUCAUUCAAUCCUGACAGUAUACAAGACAAAUCAGGAGAGAGGAGACCUUCGCACAUUCCCUCACAGAACUCCAAAUUUUUGUGCGUUCCAGGAUUUGAGAAUGAGCUCAGCAUGGAGCGUCGACCUUCAGCCUCUAACGUCGACGAGGUUGGAAACUCAGACGGUGCAGCUGCUUUGGACAGCACUAGUUCUAUAGCUACCUCUCAGGCUUCAAGUCAAGUCUUCCAAGAUGACAAACGAGUAGAAAGGAGACACUCUUCCUUCAAUCCUGUCUUAAAAGUGUCUCAGUCUGGGACAACGGAAACGAAUACAAAUCUUAAAGUGCCCAAAAUAACAAUCAAUAUUGAGCCCCCAUCGAGAUUUCUGACUGUCCCAUCACAAGACUAUUACAUGGAAGAACGUGAGCGAAGACAUUCAUUCACCACAUCACCAACAACGAAAUGCAACCCAUCUACUGCUGCCUCAUCCAAGCCCAUCGACAAGUCUGCAUCUCAGCGAAUAUCGUUCAAACUAGCACCAGAAGAUCCGACUUCUUCAUCCUAUCAAGCCGCUCACAAAUCUACCCUUAAAUCUCACAAAGUUGGGGCUGAACCCAUCAGGCCGUCCAGCUUUAAACAAGAAAUGGUUGUGUUCAAACCUUUGCCACGCUCAGACUCUAGGAGCAUGAGUCCAUUAAGUAACAUCUCUUGUUGUGGCAGUGAGCGACUGGGGAGUGACCGCUCCACAAACGUGUCUAGAACAGCUUCCAUUAGUUCGGACAGAUCGGUCAGAACAGCCAUUUCAAAAUCUCCAGCCACAAUAGUGUCUGUCGAUGACGCUCUCUCUUUUCAGGUUAACUCCCCUUCCGAUCACAGCACAACGACUCAAGUUUCCCUGGUGAAAGAUGUUCAAGGCCCACAUAUCAGUGACUUUGAAAAGAAAAGUGAUACGCCUUCUGAUGCCCCGGAAGUGCUAAUACAAUUAAACUCUUUCAGAAACAUGCGCGACCGAGGCCGAUCUCGGCAGUUUGUUCUACAGCAGACGGAUUCACCCGGAAGUACAAGUUCUGGACCCGCUACACUGUCACCAUCGACUAACACAGACGCUAACGCCGCCAUUCAGCGCAGCAAAUCUGCAUCUUCCCUUCCAGUGGUCACUCUCUCCCCCCAGUCCCCACACAUCUAUGCAAGAGUGCCUAAACCAACGUCCCCAUUGGUCACACGGCAUAAGGCUUAUCCAGGCUCGGACUACGAUACAAAUUGUUCUUGACCUGGAGUCAGCUUUGCAGCAAACACAAAGCUCUUGUUGUAAAACCUCCUGUUGUAAACCACUUGUUGUAAACCACUUGUUGUAAACCUAUCCCUGCUACUAUCUAAUGAAACCUCAACAGGUCUUAGGCCAUGUUAUCCCUUGAUUCCAUUGUAAUAAUGUUGGUCAUGGUACCAAACACAGCCACAGUACGCUGUGAGACAUGUUUCUGUGUGUACGCUGUGAGACAUGUUUCUGUGUGUACGCUGUGAGACAUGUUUCUGUGGGUACGCUGUGAGACAUGUUUCUGUGUGUACGCUGUGAGACAUGUUUCUGUGGGUACGCUGUGAGACAUGUUUCUGUGGGUACGCUGUGAGACAUGUUUCUGUGGGUACGCUGUGAGACAUGUUUCUGUGGGUACGAUUCAUGCGGUUUUCAACGAAAUUACUUUAUUCCAUGCUUGCACGUUUGCGAAUCAAAUUUAGAUUUCUUACUCAAAUAUAACUUCUAAACCAGCGGUGCUCAAAACUUUUCGGCAUCGAGGACAUUGACAUUUCCAAGACACAUCGCUGCAAUGGAGCUGAGUCGUAGUUUGGGUAUCAUUAUUUAAAAGUUUAAAAGAAGACUAGCUUAUAGUCUCAAUAGAAGUCCAACUUAUAGUUUCAGCAGAAGUCUAAUUUAUUGUCUGCAUGUAAAUGUAACGUAUACUUUCAAUCGAAGUCUAACUUAUAGUUUAAAAUCCAGAGGUUCUCAACCUUUUAAACUCGGCGACCCCCUUUUUACAAUCUCCAUUCUGCGGCGACCCCCACCCAUACAGCAAUAGAAGAAUAGACAAAAACAAUCCAUAUUUUCGAUGGUCUUAGGCGACCCCUGGCAAAUCGUCAAUCAACCCCUAAAAGGGUCGCGAUCCACAGGCUGAGAACCCCUGGUUUAAAUGGAAGAGAGAAAUCUAAUUACUUCACCAUAACUUACGUUAUCUUACGUUUAGACUUUGUGAUACUUUAAGUUCGGGUAGUUAGUACGUAAUGCUGGUGUUACUUCCAAUGUUUCUAUUUAGAGUGACGUUACUGUAGUUUGGAAACUUAACGUGACAUUACCAUGGUGAGUGUCAUACAUUUUUUGUAUACAUACAGUUCACACACACACAUAUAUUAGAAAGAGUAAAGAAACUCACUCACAAGUGAAAAAAAAAACUAAAAAUGAGUUAGAUUUAACCAUUAGGUGCGACAUCGAACAGCUCUGUCAAAUGUUCUUUUCUGACAUUGUGACAAUUCUGUCAAUUUUCUUUUCUGACAGUGUGACUGUGACAGUUCUGUCAAAUAUUAUUUGUUUGAUAAUGUGACAGUUCUGUCAAAUGUUCUAAUCUGUCACUGGACAACUCCAUCAAAUUUUCUUUGCAUUAUUAUACAAUAAGACUUUUUCUUAAGACUUAUAUGCAUUCUUUAAUUUCUAACUCGACAAAAAAGGUCCAUAUUUUGCUAAUUAUUAAUAAUGAGUUUUUGGUGGACUAUAGCCAUUGUAUUAUAUUAGUUGAACUAUUAUAGCCGAUAACAUUGCAUCUUUUCAUACUUUCCGAGUAAAAUGUACAUUGUCUUAUCUCAUACUUCACGAGUACAGUUUAAACUGUCUUAUAUCUCGAGAGUACACUUUAAACUGCCUAACUUAUAAUUCCAGAGUACAAUGCACAAGUGUCUUAAUUCUCACUUGUGUUUUUACUUAGCCCAAAUAUUGACGCUUCUCUUCUGACUAGCUUAUUAGAGAACAAUAGCCAUCAAGUGAGUGACAGACUUAAAAAAAAAUGUAAAAUUAAAAAGUGCAUUACUUCUUUAGUAUUGUCGUCCGAGUGGAAGAUUCUUGGAUAUCUAGUCUCAUGGAAGUCCCCCCCCCCCUCGUUAUGUUUAAACUGUCCUGUCAGGGAGGGCUUCCAGCAGAAGUUAAUUGGUGACAUCACGAUGACGAUGGCUGCUUUCCAACAUACUUGAGUUAAAGGGGAAUCAUUUAAAGUAUGCAAGAAAGCAACUGCACCCCUUCAUUUCUUGUUAAAAGAACUGUAUCUGGAAACAGACUACAAUAGAGUAUCUUUAUAUUGUACAUGCCACACUUAUGUUUUGUUUGAAUUGAUAUAUGUAAUAUAUGUAUGCAAUUUAAGUAUGUGAUUUCAAUAUGAACAUUAACUCGCUAAUUACUUGUAGACUAAGCAAUGGCCAAAGAAACCAAAUCCGGCUGGUCCACUAUGCAGAGUACUGUUAAGUUGCAAUGUGUUCAUGUAUUGUACAUAGCUUUGAUUCUGUUGACCAUUUGACCCGUGGUCACUCAUCCCGUGUUUGCAGUCCUCCAAUUGAAGUGAUGCUAGGAACCACUCCUAGUCAUGCUACAGUGAACACAACGAGUCAGUGUUAUUGCCUUUAUUUCCUGGGUUGAA